UUUUGCUGACUUAAAAUUACAAUUUUUGGAAGGAAUAGCAUGCCUGAAGCAGAAAAUGCUGUGCUAGCUCAACAGUGUCUCCUAAAAGUUGCUAUUAGACACUGCAAUUAGAGAUGGAAAAUGCUUCCUUCCCUUACAGGAAAACAUUGGUUCUACUGGUGGCGUGCAGCAUCUCAAGAGAAGAACAGACCAUGUUUGCUUUAGCUUCCUGCAGUCAAGCAGUGUGACUGGUCUGUCCACCAAAAUGUUCUUCUCUUCCUGGAAAGAGGCGGCAGGACAAGGAAACCUGCAUGGGUGUCAACAAUCAAAGUUACAUAUGUGAAACGGGCCACUGUUGUGGACAAUCCCAGUGUUGCAACUACUACUAUGAACUCUGGUGGUUUUGGCUGGUGUGGACCAUCAUCAUCAUCCUCAGCUGCUGUUGUGUUUGCCAUCACCGACGCACCAAGCAUCGUCUGCAGGCCCAGCAGAGGCAACACGAGAUCAACCUGAUCGCGUACCGGGAAGCCCAUAACUACUCAGCCCUCCCCUUUUAUUUCCGGUUUUUGCCAAAUUAUUUACUACCUCCCUACGAGGAAGUGGUGAACCGCCCGCCGACCCCGCCGCCCCCCUAUAGUGCCUUACACCAGCAGUGCGUCCCAGCGGGCAGCAGUAGCACAAUCCCAGACACGCCGAGAACCCUGCAGCCGGCGCAGAGCAGCUCGGCAGCACCCGGGGGCAAUAACGGGGGCACCGACCCCACCGCCUGCCCCGGCGAGCCCCAGCCCUCCUCCGCCGCGCUGGUGGAGCGAGCCGUUGCCAAAAUGCAAAGCGUGGAGCCCGGCGGCACCAGCACGGGAGCCGAGGUGGUGGAGAGGGCCGGACCCCAUAAGGAUACGGAGCGCAAGGAGGAACUGCUGAAAGGUUACAGCUCGGAGAGCUUAGAGCACGGCGGCGCCAUCCCCGAGGCCAAGGACAAGACGCCGGGCAGGCAGCGCCGUUUCACCGGUGACUCGGGCAUCGAAGUGUGCGUCUGCAACCGGGGCCACCACGACGACGACCUCAAGGAGUUCGACGGGCUCAUCGACGACGCACUGGACGGGCCCCUGGACUUCUGCGACAGCUGCAGCGGCCGCCCCCACGGGGACGAGGAGGAAGGGCUUUUUAGCGCCGCGGAAGAGCAGCAGCGUGAACACAGCCACCACCACCUGCCCCGGCAGCCGGUGUGUGUACUCUUGAACACAAUAAAUGAGCAGGACUCUCCAAACUCUCGCACCAAUAACUCCCCCAGCUAAGGCGGCAAGAGCGGAAGGGAGAAUCGGGGGAGAAAAAAAAUAAACAAAGAAAUAAAAUGGAAUAAGAGGAUUAAAACUUUAACAGGAGGAAAAGGUGAUACAGCCUUCUUUUUGGGUUUUUUUUUUUUAGUUUAUUUUUCUUUCUCCCCCUCCAAUAUAAUUCGGGGACUAGUUCCCCAAGGCCCGGCUCGUGGGGGACGGGUCGUUCUGGGUUUCGUUAAUCGUGUCCGCGCUGCUCCGCGGGGCAGGGACUUGGAUGUUUCUCAAUGAGACCUUCUUCUAACAAAUGGAACUUUCCCAAUGGUGAUUUUGGUGAUGGUUAUGACGAGUUUGUUGGUUUUAGUUUCCCGAAACACUGCUUUAUCUCGCAAUCAGUAAAGCUCAGCAGAUCUCACCCUGGGAGGAUACGGGAUCACCGUAAGGCUUCAACCUCCAGGUGUCUUCCCAGAAGCAAGCAGCUUCUGACAGUGCCGGCAGUCAGUAGCCCAAGAGUUCUGGUUUGAUAUAGUGCUCUUGAGGCAUUGGGGAUCUCUUUUCUUUCUUUCUUUCCUUUUUUUUUUUUUUUUUGGUUUUUGUUGGUGUUGAGUUUUUCCCAAAGCUGAUGAAUGCCUGAACACAUCAGCCCUAUAACCUCUGGUGCUUCAGCGUUUAAGACAGCAGGUAGGAGAUUUCCCGCUUGAAGCUGGGGACUGAAGGACCAGUUUCUUCCGGAAGGAGUUGGAAAAGAAAGGGUUUGCAGAAAUUUGCCUUUUAUAUGUCACUUUUAAAGACAAGUGUAUUCCUUCAAUGCCUCCAAGAGCACAGUUAGAAGUAGAAUCCAGGCAGCUGGGCUGCCUCACAAGUACUGUGGUCUCCGAGUGACCUUUUCCCGGUGUGCUGCAAAAGGGCUUCUUUGGCUUGAUUAUUAUUUCCAACCCCCCCCUCCCUCCCCUUUUUUUGCACCCCGAGAGCAGCACACUUGAGUUAAGAUGACAAAAACAGAACAGGGCUCUCUUUGGCCAGCGUGCCUUCAAGCUUCAGCGAUGCAUGUUGAACAAAUGGAGACGAGAGCUCCGUCCAUUGCGAAGGGAUGGCUUACCGUGUCCAUGUGGAAGACCUGUGCAGUAUUUUUCUUUUUUUUGUUUUUUUUUUUUUGAUCCAAAAGUUUGGUGCGAUUUUGAUGUUGACCACUUAAAAGAAACGAAUGUCUUGUUUUCUUUUUUUUCUUUUUUUUUUUUCUUUUUUUUUAUGGUGGCAACUGGCUACUGUAUGAUGUCUGUGAGCGUGUGUGUGUGACUGCAAUCCAUGCAUGCGAGUCCUACUGGUGACACGAAAACCUGCUGUACGACUGCAAGAAAAUUUACUGUAGCUUUGCUUUAAUAAACGGUAGAGAUUUUGUUAGUAACAACCUGAAAGGAAAGAAAAAAAAAAAAAAAAGGCAACGAAGA